UUCACUGUGGCGCGGGAGUUUGUAUUUUUUUGCUGAAUUGAGAGGAAGUUAAGAACUGUAAACAGACAGGGAGCAGAAGAUAGAGUAGAGCGCGUAGGAGGCCCAGUCAGUCGGCACCGAAUGCAUUGAAAGAUGUCUACGUCAUCUGCUUUAAUAAGUCAGAGCCCGCUGCUGCUGCCUCAAAAUAAAGAGAAGACAAUAUAUGAUGGUUUUAUUACAGUUCAGGAGAAGGAUUUUCGUUUAAGGAUAAUACUGCCUUCAGAUCACCAGCUCAAACAUGCAAGAUUGCAGUGUAGCUGGCAACUCAAACAGUUAUUGCAUGGAUAUCACCACAUCAUAAAGCAGAGGUUGCAGCAUUGCUGUGAUCUGGCUAGUUUCAUGCUUGAACUCAAAACGCUUUUGGAAGUGGCUUUGAAGAACAGGCAUGAGAUGCAUGCGGCCCCACCUCCACAAUAUUAUACACAGCUUAUUAAAGAAAUCGAAAGUCUUGGAUGGGAUAAGCUUGCGUACAUCGACACAGAAUUCAGCACCAUCAAGCUGAAGGCUGAGGACACUUCUGGCCGAGAACAUCUGAUUACAGUUAAAUUAAAGUCAAAGUAUCCAGCUGAAUCUCCUGACUUCACUGUAGAUUUUCCAAUCCCCCUUGUCAUUUCUUGGACACAGCAGAGCUCCCUGAUAAAUAUUCACAACCAGUUUCUAGCAGCCCUGGAGUCGCUAAAGGAGUUUUGGGAUGUAAUGGAUGAAAUUGACAAGAUGACCUGGGUGCUUGAGCCAGAAAAACCUACGAGAAGUGCUACAAUGCGAAGGAUUGCAAUAGGAAAUAAUGUCUCAAUAAAUCUAGAGGUAGAUGCCAGACACCCUAAAAUGCUGCCUGAAUGCUGUUUGCUAGGAGCUGACCAUGUGGUAACCCCCCUGAGGAAUAAAUUGAACACAAACAUGCAUCUGUGGAAUCCAGAAUGCAGUGUAUUGCAAAACAUCAAGGAAAUACUGGAAAUAGAAUUCCCCAUACCUGCCAACCAUGAAAAAACUAAUUUCAGUAUGGAAUGUGGCAUUUGUUAUUCAUAUCGACUGGAUUCAGCAAUACCAGAUCAAGUGUGCAAUGAUCCACGAUGUGGUCAGCCUUUCCAUCAAGCUUGUCUAUAUGAGUGGCUGAGAGGUCUUCCUUCCUGUAGACAAAGUUUUAACAUUAUAUUUGGAGAGUGCCCUUACUGUAGCAAGCCCAUUACUGUGAAAAUGACUGUCAAGAAGUCCUGAAUCCGAGAUGCUUUCACCUUUUACCCACAUUAAAACACCCCUGUAAACAAAAUCCAGACAGGUGUGCAGCCUUCGUAAACUUUUCUUCACAGGAAGCAUAC